AGGAGGAGGCGGCGGCGGUGCCGGAGCGGCCCCGUACCUGGAAGCAGCUCUGAGCCCCAAUAAGUUGAGCUCCAUGGCUACAGUGCUAAUGUGCCGAAGAUUGCCCAGGCUCAGCAGGGUGGCAGCGUUUACGACCACGGCCGAGCGUGGAAGCGGCAAAAGCAAGAAGGAAAAGCGAGAUAAGCCAGGAGCAGCCAAGACUGGGACUGAAUCUGGGGUCACAAUCCAGCUGCUGAAGCCACAGGACUACAGAGUGUUGUACAAUCCUGCUGCCUAUGCCAAAGGCAGGGCUGGCUCCCAGCAGCACGUGGAUAGGGACAGCAGCCAGGCGCUCGGUGACGCGUUCACCAGCCCUGGCACCACGCAGACACUCCCCACUGCCUCUUCCCAAGCUUUGGCACCUGCCAGGAAUGCCAGGCCCAAACCCAAGUUCAGCAGGCUCCUGGAUCAAACCAUCCUGGCCACGCUGUGCAAGGAGGAAGCAGAGAAGGAAAAAGGGGAAAUGCACGACUCCAAGGAGGAUCCCCGCAUGUUCCAGAAGGGGAGGCCUGAGUACAGAUCUCUCAGCUGUGACAGCACUGAGCCAGCACAGACCCUCCCUGCAGAGGAAGGGGACUCCAUUUUACAGAGUGUGGCUGGGGGUGAGGCCAGCCCAGGAAUUCUCAGGGAUUAUUUCCUCAAGCUGAGCCGUUUGCCGGCGGAGCGGCGCGCGGCGCUGCCAUCCGAUCCCAGGUUUGGCGCCCUGUGUCACCGUGCUGUCACAGCCAUCAGGCUCUUCAGCACCCCAGAUCUCAUCCAGCUUUUAAAGGCUUGUGUCCCUUUGGCAGUGCCAGCCUCCCACCCCCUGCUGAACGCGUGCGAGGCCGAGUUCUGCCGGCGGGCGUGGGACAUGGGGCUGGAGCAGCUGCUGCUGGUGGCGGAUUGCUGGCGCUGCCUGGACCGCAGCGUGCCCUCCUACCUGGGCAUUCUCUUCAGCUAUGCCAACCUGCACUGGAAGGAGCUCACCUUGCCCCAGUUUGUGCAGCUCCUUUACAUCAUCGGGGAAGGGCGGCGGUCGCCCGCGGACUUGGCGCAGAAGGUGGAGAGCACGAUCCUGAAGCACUUGGACGCCUUCACCUUGGAGGAGCUUGGUACCAUCUGCUUGGGGCUCUUCAAGUCCCUCAGUGGCAUUUCUGCCCAUGUCAUGAGGAGGAUUGCAGACAGGGUGUCCCUGCAGAUGGAGGACAUGAGCACCUACGCCUUGGUGAACGUGCUCAAGAUGCUGCGCUACACGCGCAUGGAUCACCUGCCCCUCAUGAGGGAGCUGGGCAAGGUGAUCCCUGCUCGGAUCCCUGCUACAAACAUCCAGGGCAUCAUGCACAUCACUCUUACCUAUUCAUCCCUGCACUUCUUUGAUGAGGAUGUUUUGGCUGCUGUAGCUGCCUCCUUGCCUUCCAAGGUGUCCUACUGCCGGAGCAAGGAUGCUGCCAAAUUCCUGUGGUCGUUUGGGUGCCUGGACUAUGAACCUCCCAACGAGGAGGAGUUUUACUCCAGCCUGAUAAAGCAGUUGCAUGUAAAACUCCAUGAGUUUAGAAGGUUUCCUGAGCAUCUCCUUACUGCUCUGCUCGGCCUGGCAUUUGUCAAACGCUUCCCAGAGGAGCUGAUAGACUUUGCUUUGAGGGAGGAGUUUGUAGAAAAAACCAGAGGUAGCAAAUAUGAACUCAACAAGGACCUGUUCACCCUUGGGAAGAGCGUUGAAAUCGAGUGCCCGACCUACCAAGGCAGCCAACUCCCACCUCAGCUGUGUCAGGAGUUCACUGAGAUGGUUUCAAGCUUUGCAGAGCGGGAAAUCUACAUCAGGCCUGAAAUUGUGGAAGCCACAUCCCUCCUGGAGAGCAUGUUGGGGGGCCCUGAGUAUGUGAAGAACCACAUGAUCCUGCCCCACACCAGGUCCUGCGACCUGGAGGUGCGCUUGGCCACGGAUGGACAUCCCAUCCCCUUCAACUUCAAGGAUCCUGUGGCAGCCAAGAUGAAAGACAUGGGAGUUAGCCUGACAGAUGAUUUAAUGUCUCAGCUCAUCCAGGGGAGAGCUCAUAGCCAGAGUCCCACAGAGGUGGGAAAUGAAGGCAGGAUUCACAGACACGACAGAGGGGAUGCAGCAGGACCGAUGUUAGUGGAUGGUGCCACACCACAAUCUGAGCCUAAAGCAGGCUGCUGGCAGCCUGGGGAAGUGAGGCUGGCACUGCAGGUGUCCAACAGGAACCACUUCUGCUACAGCUCCAAGCGGCUGCUGGGGCUGCACUGCCUGAAACGGCGGCAGCUGCGGCUGCUGGGCUACGAGGUGCUGGAGAUUCCCUUCUGGGAAUGGUUCCCUCUGCUCAAGCGCACGCGCUCCGAGAAGCUCAGCUACCUGCACUACAAAGUGUUCUGCCCAGCCCUGCUCUCCAGGGCUGCCUAGUGGGGGCAGGGGCAUGCCCAGAGCUCCCCAGUGCAGCUCCGUGCCUGGGUGCUGGGUAGAAUGGUCAGUGGGUCAAAAUGGUCUGUGGGUCAAAUGUUCUUUGAGUAAAAUGGUCUUUGGGUCAAAUGGUCUGUGAGUAAAAUGGUCAGUGGGUAAAAUGGUCUGUGAGUAAAAUGGUCAGUGGGUAAAAGUUCUUUGGGUAAAAUGGUCCCUGGGUGUUGCCUCAGUUUUUGGCUCUGUGUGCUCAUUUCUGUUCUGGUGACAUUUUUACUUCCCGUGCUCUCCUUUUGUACCUGGAUUCUCAAAUGCUUCCAUCACAAAUAAAACCUGCUAAGGAUUCAUUUCUCUCUGUGGUUGUUUCUUUCUCUGCCCUAAAUGAGAUUUGGUGCCUCUGUGAGAGCAGGAGCAGAGGAUGUUUAUUCAUGAGGCUGAGCUGGGUGGCAGGAACACACACAGCUCGUGUUUCCAUCCCCAUGGGGCUGGGGCUGAGGGCACAGCCUGGGUUUCUCCCCUAGGAUGGAACAUGGAUACUGAGUAGGGCUGAGAUUUGGGGUGCUCUGAACUCAGAAUAUUCAUUGCCUGCUCUAAAGAUUUUAUUUGGUGUCCACCAUGCACAUUCUUUAUGGCAGCAGCUCCCUAGUCCCACAUUGCACACCAGGAGGAGUCGUGGUGACAAACUCCAGACAGUCUGGUUUAAAAUUCCUUGUCCAAAACCACUGAGGAUUUUUUCAGGUCUGUGUUUCACUGCCUCAGUCCAAAGAUCUUGGUUCACCUUAGGAAAGGCACAGACUGAAGAGGGAGGGGAAAAAAAGCCCAGCCAUGGAUAAAAGCAACUUGGUGACUCAACUUUUCCCAUGGGAGUGCAGUGACUUGGAAAUGCAAAAUAAUUAUUUUCUUACUGAGAAAGAAGAGAAGAGAGACUGGAAAAAAUAACCUGAGUUAAGUCUUGCAGGGUCACAAAUAGAUAGGAAAAAAUCCUAUAAAAUACCCAUACAGAGCUCUGCAUGUUGCAGGAGAAAUCUUCAGCCCAGGAAAGAGAGGAGGGAUAGAGCAAAUACUGAGUUUUUCCAUGGAAGGGGGCAAGGAGAGUUGGUUUGCCAAAAAGUCAAACCAGUUCUGGAAAUCCCUCACACUCAGAAAGCCAAGAAGAUAAUAUUGGAGGAGAUUGGUGUGUGCCUGUCCUGUCCUGAGAUCUGCCAGACCAAAUUUUGGGACAGAAGUGCUGCUCACCUUGUAAAGCUCACACCUGCUUCAUUCACAGCUUUGUAACCAAGCCCUGCUCUCUGCAGGUGUGAGUUCUGUCUGGGGUUGGGUUUUAUCAAUGGGAUUUGUGCCUUGAAUUCCACCUUUCUCCUUGCAGAUGCAGCACAGGGAGCUCAUUAACUCUGCCUUUUCAACGUGCCCCCAGAAGGGCAAUUUCAUUUGGGCUGAACCAACAGAUCAGUGGAAAAUCAUUAAAGAGCUGCUUGUUCUUGAAGGAGGCAGCGAGUCCCUGAUUUGCAGGGUUGCCCAGGGCUGUGACAUU